AUGCCUUCAGGCCAACGGGUGUUCUUGCGAUACCCUGAAGGGGAAUGGAUUGCUCCAGGCUCAAUCCUGGACAUAAGUGGAACAAAAUAUAUACCAGAAAUCAGUAGCUACGGCUUGUGCUGCCAAAAACAUUACAUUAUGCUUUCACUGGACAUCGACGUUGUCAUGCCAAACACUGGGACCCAGACAGUGGUACUGCACUGGUACCAACCCCAUCUCGCCUUCAACUGCACAAAUGGAAAUCAAGAUGAGGAUACUAGUAGACGUCUAAUUCCUGACAAUAACAUCAACUCUACAACGGACUAUCUCGCACCGUACAUCGCACCCCAGCCACCGCCAAACUCGCACCAUCGCUACGUCUUUCUUCUUUUCGCACAGCCACCAGAUUACAGGUUCCCGAAGUGUUUCUCGCAUAUUCCUCCCAAGACACCCGAUGCACGUGCUGGGUUCGACCUCCGCCAGUUCAUGCAUGCCGCCGGGUUAGGUCCGCCCGUUGCUGUGAAUUACUUCUACGGCCGGAAUCAGGCUUCGGAUCAUAACAGUCCGCCGCCUUCUUCGAGUGUUACCACUACCUCGUUCCGAUCGGUGACCUGUACGACUGUCCCUACUGGGUUCUGCAGACAGAUGUGA